AUGGCGAUUAUUCAGAUUCCCAGCGAGUACGGCUACGUCCUUGCCGCCUGCGUCUCCACAUUCUUCGUCGGCAUCUGGCAUGGCGGCCGCGUCGGCGGCUUCCGCAAAGCAGCCAAAAUCCCGUACCCUUACGAAUACGCAUCCUACGAACAAGUGCAGACCGCCUCCCCACCAUCAAGAGCCGCAAUGCUAGCCUUCAACUCGGCCCAACGCGCGCACCAAAACUUCAACGAGAACCACGUUACAGCCCUCGGUGCCAUGUUGAUUACCGGAUUGAGGUACCCCGUCGCAGCGGCCGUCUUGGGCGCGGUGUGGAGUGUAAACCGUGUGAUUUAUGCGAUUGGGUACGCGAGGACUGGAGAGGAUGGCGGAAAGGGAAGGUACUAUGGGGCGCUUGGAAUAAUUGCGCAUUACGUGCUUGUGCUUAUGAGCGGCAAGGCGGCUUACGAUCUUGUUAUGGGUUAA